AUGACAAACUUAGAAAACAUCUGUGGCAAGUUUAACUCCUCAAUAGAGAAUAUGAAACUUAUAGUAUGUAACGAACUUCAAAGUAUAGAUACAACAAAAGUUUUAAACUCAGAUGCUUUGAAGAGUCUUAUAACAGACAAAGUUGGAGUUGUUGAAAGAAAGUAUAAAGACCAAAGAGUUUGUGAAAAUGUUGCAAACUUCAUUAUGGUUUCAAACAAUGCUGUUCCGAUGAAGUUAGAAAGUUCUGACAGAAGAUAUGUAGUUGUCAGAACGUCAGAUUCUCAUAUGCAAGAUACAGAAUAUUUUGACGACUUAGCAGAAACUUUGACAUCUGACUUUUACAACCACUUGUUCUCAUAUUUUAUGACAUUAGAUAUUUCAAAGUUCAAUCCAAGACAAAUUCCACAUACCGAAGAGAGACAAACAUUGUUAGAAGCAAACAAGAGUGUAUAUGAACUGUUCAUAGAUGAAACUGACUUUGAGUGUUUAGAUGAAAGGUCAUUGUACGAUUCGUAUAAACAAUAUUGUCAAGAAUAUGGUUAUAUGACAGCGUCUAAACGAACAUUCUUGGCAAAUGUCAAAAGUCUUUUAGACGUACAGAAUGGUGUAUAUACAAAGAAAAAUUUUUAUGAGUAA